AUGACGUCCUCCAUGGUGACAACCCGUGCCAACGGCGCAGCCUAUUGGCUGAGACUGAGCCCGACACCGGAGGGUUUGGGUCACAUCAACGCCUGCAUAGGCAUAGCACAGGUACUCCAGGAGGCCGGGCAUCGGGUAGUGUUUGCCGUCAAAGAGCACUGGAAGGGAAAGUUCGCCUCUUAUGGCAUCGAGGAGGUCGAGAUGGGUGGGGACCUCGAUGAACUCAAACCCGCUGUAGGUGACCCUGUUAAAUUCAUGGCUGAACGUAUCAGGGAAGCCGGAUUCUUGUCGGACAUACAGCCCCUGGAAAAGCUACAGAAGCGCAUGCAGUUUCAAAAUCGCAUCGUUGACAUGUACAUUAAAUUGGACAAGACCAUUGAGCCAGUUAUACCCAGUGUCAAACCGGAUGUUAUAUUUGUGGACCAGUAUCUAUCAUUGCCCUCGAUUGAGACCUCGGGCAUUCCCUAUGUAUGGGUUUGGACGGCCAACCCUUUGUUUAUGUUUGAUGAUGACCGGGCACCGCCUUAUUAUUCUGGUGACAAAUCUGAGUGGAAAGCCUUCCGGGAGACCAGAGAUAAAGGAGUGUACGAUAUCUGGAAGACAUACAAUGAUUACGUGAUCUCCAGGGGCUGUCAACCACUCAAACAGUUAUUAUUCAAGAAUCAGACAAAAUGUCUUAAUAUUUAUGGCUUUCCUCAAGAAAUGGAUUACACGGACGACAGACCUCUGCCCAAGAAUUUCAUACGUUUUGACAAUUUAAAGAGAAAUGAAAAACUGCUGGCGUUUGAGAUACCAGUGCCGCUGAGAGAUAGACCGGGAAAGUUGAUAUAUUUUUCCAUGGGAUCGAUGGGUGGAGUGGAUUUGGAUCUCAUGAAGAGAUUAGUGACUAUUUUGUCGAAAUCUAAGCACAGAUUCAUUGUAUCGAAAGGACCUCUUCAUGAGGAGUACGACCUACCGGUCAAUAUGUGGGGCGCGGCUACUGUUCCCCAAAUACAAUUGAUUUAA